AUGGAGGAUGGUGAUUCUUCCUCUGAUCAGCAGGGGUAUCCCUCACCCUCCUACAUGGACUAUUUCAUAGCUGGUUGUCGACGCAUUAGACCCGGCAACGAAAUCGACUGGGGAAAGGAUCCCCAGGUUGAAAGGAAUGAAGCCAAGUCCUUUGUCAAGAAGGCAUAUGAUGACGGGGUUCCUCUGUUUACUAAAAACGCUCUUCGAGAAAUCCAGAAGCAGUUGACAAGUGAUUUACAAGCCGGCCAAAAGGUGUCGAUAAAGGGUAUCGACGGGGUGACUGUGGAAUUUGACGUAAAGACCGGCGAGCUUGUGCUAUCGGGAAUCAACUCAGAAUACGUUGCGUCUCUAGCAGCCAUUUUGGCGUGUCGAUAUGGCAUUGAUAUGGGGUAUUGCACCAUGGGGAUCCGGCAUCCUGUCUUUUUACGGCACGACGUCACCAAGGAAUUCAUCAAUAUCAAGCCGACGAAGGACUAUGAUUCCGUGAAGAAGUCGUUUAUGGAUAUUCAACGAAGAUGGGAAUGCAGUGAUACCUGUCUACAGCUCCGAACAGCGCUGAAGGAUAUUAAGCUGCCCCAGGAUCUCAUAGUCAAUAAAAUUGUUGCAUUUGCAUGCGGCUCAAUUUCUGGUGACAGAAAUGGCCCUUCGGGUGCCUACCGGGCUGCAAAGUUGAGAGAAACGUCCUUGUAUCAACAUGCGAUGCUAUGCACGCUACAAGAUACCCUAAAAACGCGAAAAGGAUGCCACGAGGUCCAAUGCCUUGCACAGGAUCCUAUAUACACUAGCGUCGACUCAAAGGUCUUAGGAGAGGCUGGAAUUACCAUUGUUGAGGAUCCGGAAGGCUUCCUUCAGGUUGAUGAUACGACUGUGGUGGUUUCGUUGUAUCCCAAUGCCCCUGUCAAGCAGGUAGUGGCGGACAUUUCUCGUCCAGCUGUGAUUAUAUGGGAUGUCUUUACUCACGAUGGUGAUGGCUUAACGGAUCCAGUAUCCUCUCGUGUUGAGGCUUUCAUGCAAGGCUUUUGCCAGGCAUAUAAGUUUCCGAGUGAUGACGACAAUAUGAUGGAUUUAGCUCUUUUCACGAGGAUUGAUAUCUUGAGCAUGGCCAGUUGGAGUUCUGCCCCAGGAUUUUUUUGGGGGGUUACUCAAGGCAAGGUUCUGGAAUUCUCAGAUAACUAUAUGCCAAACAGUUUUCAAGUCACAGUGGUGACCGAGAAACCUACAUGA